AUGGCUGUGAACAACACCAGCCUGGUAGACAAGAACCAGGCGUACUGGAAUGGCGCAGCCAAAAUUAUCUUCAAAGACAACUGGGUGCACAACUUGCAGAAGCAGAUAUCCGACUUUCUCGUCAGCAACUUGGACUGGACCGGGGUUCAACUUCCCUCGAACGACUCCAAGAGACGUACAAAACUAAUGGACUGCGCAUGUGAUAACAAGAUAGUCUAUAUGUCCCUUCACCACCUAUUUUCCAAGUGCAUCGGUAUUGAUGUCUCAGACGGAAGGUUAGAUAAAUACCGUGCUACUGCUGCAAGUCUAGGACUCCCCGAACAUCGCAUGAUUGCCGUCCAAGUUAACCUUCUAGCCCCGACACGCUUAGCAUCGAGACUACGUCCCGGUGGCGUUUUCCUCAUCAUUGACUGGGCUACACGCGACUCGUCGGCCGUGAACCAGCAUGCUUCGCCAGACGCAGUGAAUCCCGAACACCCUGCUGCAUUUACCAUCUCUCAUGAUAUUUUUACUCAGGAACAGAUUGUCGGCUUAUUUGACCAAGCUGGUUGCGGGGAUGCGCGAUUCGUGCUGGCUGAUCGUAUAUUGGAUGUUCCGGGUGCCGGCAGUGGAAAGAUGCAAUUGUUCUGGGGUUGGGCUAACAAGUUCUGA